AAUCUCACCCAAACCAUGACGAGUCUGGAGAAGUCGAAUAUCGCAGGCCACAUGUUCGACGUAGUCGUGAUUGGAGGCGGCAUCUCAGGAUUGGCUGCUGCCAAACUCUUGUCUGAAUAUAAAAUUAAUGUCUUGGUUUUGGAAGCUCGUGAUAGAGUUGGAGGAAGAACAUAUACUGUGAGGAAUGAGCAUGUUAAAUGGGUAGAUGUUGGAGGAGCCUAUGUGGGACCAACCCAGAACAGAAUUUUACGCUUGUCUAAAGAGCUAGGCAUAGAGACUUAUAAAGUGAAUGUCAAAGAGCGUCUAGUUCAAUAUGUCAAGGGGAAAACUUACCCAUUUCGUGGUGCGUUUCCACCUGUGUGGAAUCCCUUGGCAUAUUUGGAUUAUAACAAUCUGUGGAGGACAAUGGAUGAAAUGGGAAAAGAGAUCCCUGUUGAUGCACCAUGGCAAGCAAGACAUGCUGAGGAAUGGGACAAGAUGACCAUGAAAGAUCUCAUUGAUAAAAUCUGCUGGACAAAAACUGCUCGGGAAUUUGCUUCUGUUUUUGUGAACAUCAAUGUGACUUCUGAGCCUCAUGAGGUAUCCGCCCUGUGGUUCUUGUGGUAUGUGAAGCAGUGUGGUGGCACCACUCGGAUAUUCUCAGUCACCAAUGGAGGCCAGGAACGGAAAUUUGUAGGUGGAGCUGGCCAAGUAAGUGAAAAGAUGAUGGAUCUUCUUGGGGAUAAAGUGAAACUGAACUCUCCUGUUACUUAUAUUGACCAAACAGAUGACAACAUCAUUGUAGAGACACUGAAUCAUGAACACUAUGAGUGUAAAUAUGUAAUUAGUGCCAUUCCACCAACUUUGACUGCCAAGAUACACUUCAAGCCAGAGCUUCCACCUGAGAGAACCCAGUUAAUUCAGCGUAUUCCAAUGGGGGCUGUCAUCAAGUGCAUGGUAUAUUACAAGGAAGCCUUCUGGAAGAAAAAGGACUAUUGUGGAUGCAUGAUAAUUGAAGAUGAGGACGCACCAAUUGCAAUCACUCUGGAUGACACCAAACCAGAUGGAUCAGUGCCUGCCAUCAUGGGCUUCAUACUUGCCCGGAAAGCUGAUCGACUUGCUAAACUAAAUAAAGAAAUAAGGAAGAGGAAAAUCUGUGAGCUCUAUGCCAAAGUUCUGGGAUCUCAAGAAGCUUUACAUCCAGUCCAUUAUGAAGAGAAGAACUGGUGUGAAGAGCAGUACUCUGGAGGUUGCUACACAGCCUACUUCCCUCCCGGCAUCAUGACCCAGUAUGGAAGGGUGAUUCGCCAGCCAGUGGGCAGAAUUUACUUUGCAGGCACAGAGACAGCUACACAGUGGAGUGGCUACAUGGAAGGAGCAGUCCAAGCUGGAGAACGAGCAGCUAGAGAGGUCUUGAAUGCUCUCGGAAAAGUUGCCAAGAAAGACAUAUGGGUUCAAGAACCUGACUCUAAGGAUGUUCCAGCAUUUGAAAUUACCCACACCUUCUUGGAGAGGAACCUGCCUUCCGUGCCUGGUCUACUAAAGAUCACUGGUUUUUCCACCUCUGUGGCUCUUCUCUGCUUUGUAUUGUACAAGUUUAAACUGCUGCCGUGAUCCUGAAUUUUUUUCACCCUCAGGCCCCCUGCUUGACCAUCCUUAGCACCAUCACCAUCAAAAAGAAAAUGUGGAUGAAUUACAGCCUGUGUCACUGGGCCAUUUAAGUGCACUUGAUUUAACCCUCCUCAGUUUAAUCUCAGUCAUUGUAAAGUGAUAACAAUCCAAAGAAUCACCUAGCUAAUUUUAGUAAGAUUAAGUUUCAUUCUGUUUAUUACACUAAUUUGUGUUUGCUGGUAGAAUAAAAUCCUGUGAGUAUUUGAUUUCAGAAAGGUGAAAUAAUUGUGAGGAAUAAUUUCUGGGUUCUGUUUUUCUUGCCUUUAACGCGAAAUAGUUGAUGGUUUCAGAAAUAAAACAUUUGACUUAUUGUGAUUUUCAUGUAGCUACCCAAAUGUGCAGAAUAAAAUGGUGGCUGAAAUGUU